GUCUUCCUCCACCCUCUCUACUAGAGUUCUCUUUACCGUGGAAGUACUAGACCAUUACAGACGAUGGCAACUUCAUCGCCACGCUCGACGCCCCGAUUUUCCAAAUUCCUGGCUCUCUUUCUCUUGUUAGGCUUCGGCAAAACAUAUUGCGCCAGCGACCCUCCAUUGACGUUGGAUUACUACAAGUCGUCGUGUCCGUCAGUGCUCGAGAUUGUGAGGAAGGAGAUGGAAUGUGCCGUGCUCUCUGACCCUCGCAAUGCCGCAUUGAUCAUUCGGUUGCAUUUCCACGACUGCUUUGUUCAGGGAUGCGACGGGUCGGUUUUGCUAGAUGACACUAUCACGCUCCAAGGAGAGAAGAAAGCUCCCCCCAGCAUAAAUUCUCUAGGAGGGUUCAGGAUCGUCGACCGCAUCAAGAACAUGCUUGAAUCCGAGUGCCCCGGAGUUGUCUCUUGCGCCGACAUACUCACGGUUGCCGCAAGAGAUGCUACGCUUUUGGUUGGUGGACCUUAUUGGGACGUACCCUUGGGAAGGAAGGACUCGAGGACAGCGGGCUACGAGCUCGCCUCCGCCAUCCCGACAGCCGACGAGAGCCUUCCGUCCAUCAUCUCCAAAUUUCUCUUCCAAGGCCUCUCCGUCACCGACAUGGUCGCUCUCGCCGGGGCUCACACGGUGGGGAUGGCACGGUGCGAGAAUUUCCGAGCCCGGAUCUACGGGGACUUUGAAGCGACAUCCGGGGCCAGUCCUGCCUCAGAGGCGUACCUCGGCCACUUGAAGUCGGUCUGCCCCCCGAUAGGGGGAGGAAACAACAACGUCGCGCCUAUGGAUUCCGUGACUCCCAACCUGUUCGACAACUCCUUCUAUCACCUGCUCCUACAGGGGGAGGGCCUGCUCAACUCGGACCAGGAAAUGUACUCGAGCAUCCUGGCGGUCCAGACGAGGGAAAUCGUGAAGAAGUACGCGGCCGACCCGAUCGCCUUCUUUCAGCAGUUCUCGGAGUCGAUGGUGAGGAUGGGGAACAUCACGAACCCGGAAAGCUUCGUCAAUGGGGAAGUGAGGAAGAACUGUAGGUUCAUAAACACAUGGGCUCCAGAGAUCUAGGCAGUCGAUUGUUACUUGUGCUCUCUCUCUUCCUCUAUUCUUCUCCUAAUCACAGCAAUAAUCAUGCAAUAGUGAAAAGGAAGAGAGAAAUGAAAGAUCUUGUGCCAAUGUGAAAUCAUGGGAAUCACGCUAAUCAUGGGAAUCACGCCUUUUAGGAUUUCUUUC